GGAGAAGAAGGAGGAGAAGAAAAGUGAGCAAAAACAAUAUACACUUCACCACAUACAUGUAGUGGUGAAGCCAUGAAAAGCGAUCAUCCACCUUACAUUUAAUUGUAACAUACAUGUACAUUUACAGUUGGUUGAUUGUCUGAUUUACGCUGUUUGAAUAUUAAUGUUUAGCAGGUUGUUUACUCUGAGAUCAGGUGCAUUUUGCUGACGUGUCUGUUGUUAAGACAAAUUUUACAUUUUCAGGCUUGAAAAUAAGCAGAAAAAGCAAAUAUUUGCGGUCUUUUUAUGUGAAUGCAUUGAGUACUUCCAUGUUGUGCCUAAUUCGUAUGGACACAAUUUUUGAAAUUCAUUAGAAUCACAAUCUUUUUUCUUUAAAAUUUAUUUGUUUAGCUGUAAAAAGACCAAUUGUACAGCCAGGGCAGCCUAACUAGCCAGGCGGCUAUUAUUAAGAGCUUGCCCUGCUGACAAGACAAACAUUUACACGCACAUUACAACAAUACAAUACAUCAACGUGGAGAGGUCAGGGUCACACACCUAAGGCUUAGAAACACAACCGUGCCAUAGCAUUAAAUUUUGUUCUUUCUUUGGGAAGAAAAGGAUGAAUUUUCUCAUAUUUAGAUGAUGUAAAAACCUUUUGCUACAUCUAAACCUGUCCAACAAAAAUCGUGCAUAAUAACCAAUAUCUCUUACAGUUAUUUAUCUUCUAUUCCAGCCUCUCCUUCCAUGUAUGUGAUACUAGAUUCUUACCUGAAUGUUCAACCACAACUUACCUUGCAAGCCAGUCAGAAUAUCUUCAGUUCCUCACUCACACCAGGGCUUUGAAGUCAUGACGAUCUUUCCUCGGUUUUCCUGCUGCAGUUGUGCCUCUCUGAUACGAGCUCAGCGUAGCUGUUCUGUACCGGAGUCUGACAAACAAGCCUGAAAAAAUCUUGUGCAAUCUGGGUGUGUCUUGAUUGUCUGCAGCUACACGUAACUGUUUUUAAUACCAACGUUAAUGAUGAAUAAUAAUGAUUUGUUUGUCCCUUGAAAUAGUAUUGCCUUUCUGCUUUAAAAUUCCUUGGGUGCAGUUUUUCUAUCAGCUGCUAUGGGGCGCUUUUAGUUCACGUUGAUAAUGUUGACGUCAUAACAUCUUGCUCAUGUUAUUCAAGUUACUGCUUGAGAUGCACGUAAACCUUUAAAUUGAUAUUUUUCUCAAGCUUGGUGAAUAGGAAGAAUUUGUAGCUGAAGUAUUUUCAGUACAUACAUGAAGCCAAGCUUGAGUUGAUGAUUGUAAGGAAUGUUUUUUUCUUUUCAUUUUGGUACUGUAUAACAGUGUAAUGUAUUAGUAAUAUUAAUUUUAACAUUGUGUGCGUCUUUCUAAAUAGUGUGAUGCGACACUAACAAGAGAGAAUGGAGGAAAAUGAGGAGGAAGAAGAAGGCUGACAGGAGAAGAUGUAGAGAAAUCUGGGCUGGCUGCUGACAGUGGCUGUGGACAGAUGUGCAGACGUCAUGAAGGCUCACAUAUAGACCGGGAUGUGGGGAAAGGUGCCCACAGAGAAGGCUGUGUAGCCAGGCUUGGUACUCACUGAGGCAGAGGGGAGAGUUUCUAGAACCAUGGCUUCUGUGAGUGUACUGCUCAUUGCACUGGGAUUCACACUGGCAAAGUUGGGCAUAGUGCUGCUAGAACAGGGGGACAGAAGUCGGGCCUUAAAGUCUCAUGACCAGAGCACUGCAGCUGGACCCUCAUCACAAGCAAUCCCUGUUCAACUCAGCGGUGAUGAUGCAGGAGUCAGGUGACCCGGCGCUGCGACCGGAGGCGUACAGACGUCUGUACGAGGUCUUGGAACAGGAGCCGCAGAACGAGAAGGUGUAUUUUAACCUGGGCAUGCUCUCCAUGGACGACAAGAACUUCACCGCAGCCGACCAGUGGUUCAGACACAGUAUACAGUUGAAGCCAGAUUUCCGCAGUGCCUUGUUUAAUCUGGCCCUGAUGCUGUCUCAGAUUAAGAGAGACCUGGAGGCCUUACCUUACCUGGACCAGCUGCUGUUACACUUCCCUCACCACAGCAAGGGCCUCAUCCUCAAGGGAAACAUUAUCAUGAACAAGGUCAAGGAUGUGGAGGGGGCCAAGAAGUGCUUUGAGAAAAUUCUGGAGACGGAACCAAAGAACAUCCAGGCGAACCACAACCUGUGUGUGGUGUACUUCGAGCAGGGAGACUUGUACCGCGCAGAGAAGUGCCUUGCCCAGGCCCACGAGCUGGCGCCACAUGAAGACUACAUUGUCAACCACUGGAACAUCGUCAGGGGCAAGAUUCAGCAGGCCAAGAUGCCCAGGAGGAAGCAACAGCAGCUAGAGAGGGAGAAGGAACAGGAAAUGGAACAGCAAAGGCAGUUACAGAGGGAGAAGGAACAGCAAACGGAUCAGCAGAGACAGCUAGAGAAGGAAAAGGAACAGAAGCUUCAACAAGAGAAGGAAAAACAGGAAUUGGAACAGCAUAGACAGCUGCAGAAGGAAAAGGAACAGCAAAUGGAACAGCAGAGACAGCUACAGAGGGAGAAGGAACAGCAAACGGAUCAGCAGAGACAGCUACAGAAGGAAAAGCAACAGCAGUUGGAACAAGAGAAGGAAAAGCAGCAAUUGGAACAGCAUAGACAGCUGCAGAAGGAAAAGGAACAGCAGUUACAGAGAGAAAGGGAACAGCAAAUGGAGCAGCAAAGACAAAAGGAACAGGCAGAAAGAGAAAGAGGAUAAACCUCAUCAGGGGAAGUGGAGAGGUUAUAUUUAGAGCAAAAAUGCACAACAUAGAAGAGAGAAGACUUAUCUAAAAGUAUAUUUUUGCAAGAGUAAAAAGAAUUAGCUAGCUACAGUAGAAAUGUCAUAUAUAGCAAAAUAUCCUCAUUGCAUGUUUUUAACUUAACUUGAUUUUGGUUUAAGUUGUGUGGCCUAUUACUUAAAUUUCUGUGCCUAAGGCAAUCAAAAGAUAGCUAGAUAGUGACAAGUCAAAGACAUAGCAAGGGAUGUUCCAAAAAAUAAAAUUAUUGUUGUCACAGAUCGUUUAGACAGAAUGGCUGGACAGUUGUUUUAGGUUGAUGGAAACUGUCAAAUUGAAAGUCUCUAUUAAGUGUUCUCAGUCACUUUUUGUGUGGCAAUUUUACCUUCUCAAACAUAUCUCGUUGUCAGCAGACAUGGUUUUUGUCUUCCUUCAUAUCUUAAGAAAGUUUAGAACAUGCUGCCAAGACUACUUAAAGUUAAAAUUGAAUUUGCCUUUCUUUUGAAUGUUUUUUUACUAGUCUUGUACCUUAAUAUAAUGUUAUGCAAUUUGGAAGUGACAAUUAACUUUCAAAGGUAUCAAACAUAUCAGACUUUUAGAAGACAGCAAUAUCAAACAUACAGAAUUGUUCUAGAUAGAAACAAAAAAAUUAUGUAAUGUAACAGAGUACUGUGUGUUUUUAUGUUAAAAAGACUCGAAUUUUGUGUUACAGAGAAAAAAUAAGUCUUCCUUGUUCUGCUGUGAAGUUUUUUGACAAUCAAAGGCAAGAGCCUUGUUGUAGUUAAAUGUCUGUUGUAACUUAUAUAGGUUUGUUGUGUUGUGUGGAACGUAUGUAACAUAUCAUACAUUGCAUUAUGUCCUUUUGACAUACAUGUACUUAUUGGUGAGAACACAUAUCAGCUUUGUUUUAGUGUUAAUCUUAUAGCCUCUACCAGGCUUCGGGAGGCGGCUGGAAAGAGUAGAAAUGGGCCAAAUAGAGACAGAGAUAGUAUGCCAGGAAAGUUGGUCCACUAGAGAGUACAUUUUGCCACAACUCCCCUGGCAUACUAUCUCUGUAUUUGGCCGACUUCUGCUCUUUCCAGCCGCCUCCCCAAGCCUGGUAGAGGCUAUUCAUCUGAUACCAUGGGUGCAGAUUUCUAUUUCGUGUGUGUGUUUUUGUGUAAAUAGACUUGUUUGUUUACAAUGUAAGAAAGAGUGAAUAUUUAAUAUGCAAUUUUUAAAAGCAAUAAUGAUAAUUUUAGUUAUGAAAGACAAUCUUUGCAGAAGAGCAAUCAAAUCGCAACUUGUGUGUGUGUUGAACCAGAACGUGUUAUCUUUCACUGGGUCAUCUUGUUGUCAUUGGGAUGUUUCAAUAGCCUCCAUAGCAUGCCAAAAACUGAGGGUUUUGUGGGUCUUCAGGGUCUUUGGGAGCUUUUAUGUGCUAUUUUCUGAUUGCAUAUAGACAACAUAGCCGGCCUGGUUGAUUAAUUUUUUAGAACUGGGCUGAUCAGAAAACAGCCAAAAAGACCACCAAACCCCCAGUUCUAUAAGCCUGCUACGGAGGCUACGUUUUCAACAGGAAUGGAAAAGUAACAAUCAAAUGUGUUUUGUGUGAACAGCUUUUGUACAUGUGCAAUUGUGCCAAAGAAGGCAAUACAGACAUCUGUGCCUUUGGUAGACAUUUCUUAUGUAAGAGUGGAGUUUUUUUUAGUAUGUAAUUCGAAUAAUUUUGUGUGACUAGAGGCCAACUCUAUGUGUAGUUUUGUGGAAAAUGAUGAAAUCAAAGAAAGUUGUCAAGAAUACCAUAGAAAACAAUACAUAUACAUGUAUUAACAAAUUGUUGUCACAUUUCAUAUGUAUCGAUUGAACUUAUCACUUGUAACAAUUUCUGAUUAAACUGAAGAAACAGAUGAAUAAUGUAAAGGUUGUAGUC